UCCAACCUCUUCCCCCCACAUUCGAGAAUCCGUCCACGUUCAUCCAAGCAUCACCCCCCAACCAAAAUCCAAAAUCCCGACGCCUCGUCAUCGUCUUCCACCUCGUCUACCUCGCGAGGACGAACACCACUCGGGGUAACGGAUUAGCCGAACCCUGAGAGAGAGAGGCAUGGUGGCGCCGGCGGGGAGCUUCUUCGAGGAGGCCGCCCUCCCGGAGCAGCGGCUCGUCGAGGGCGUCGCCUUCCCGGCGGUGCUCGUCCCGAGCGCCGCCGCGGCCGGCCGCGGCCUCGACGAAUUCCUGGACGCCGCGCGGUCGGAGAGGGCGCCCCGGGUGGAACCGCUGCUGCGCGCGGCCGGCGCCGUGCUGCUGCGCGGGUUCCCGGCGCGCGCGGCGGCGGACUUCGACCGCGCUGUUGACGCCUUCGGGUACGACGAGCUCCCCUACGUCGGCGGCGCGGCGCCCCGGACCAACGUGGUGGGUCGGGUGUUCACCGCCAACGAGUCGCCGCCCGACCAGAAGAUCCCCUUCCACCACGAGAUGGCGCAGGUUCCAACAUUUCCAUCGAAACUGUUCUUCUUCUGUGAAGUGGAGCCCAAGAGUGGUGGGGAGACACCAAUAGUGUUGAGCCACUACGUCUACAAGAGGAUGAAGGAAAAGUAUCCAGAAUUUGUCGAGAAGUUAGAGAAAGAUGGGCUGAUUUACACCAGGGUGUUGGGAGAGGGUGAUGAUCCAUCUUCUCCUAUUGGCCGUGGAUGGCAAUCUACAUUUCUCACCAAGGACAGGGCCGUUGCCGAAGAAAGGGCUGCGAAGCUCGGGAUGAAGCUGGAAUGGAGCGACGACGGCGGAGUGAAGACGAUCAUGGGCCCGAUACCGGCGGUGAAGUGGGACGAGAGCCGGGGGAGGAAGAUAUGGUUCAACAGCAUGGUGGCCGCCUACACCGGGUGGAAGGACGCCCGGAACGACCCCGUCAAGGCCGUCACCUUCGGCGACGGCUCCCCGCUGCCCGCCGACGUCAUCGCCGGGUGCGGCGAGAUCCUGGAGGAGGAGUGCGUCGCCGUCCCGUGGCGGCGGGGCGACAUCCUGCUCAUCGACAACUGGGCGGUGCUCCACUCCCGGCGAUCCUUUGAGCCUCCUCGCCGCAUCCUUGCCUCGCUCUGUAAAUGAUCUUUUGAGGCGUACGUGAAGAACUUAGAUUGCAGUAUGUACGAUAUGAUUUGCAGUAGUAGCAGGCAUGAACUCGAUCUGAAUAAUGUUGAUCUACCAAGAAUUUGCUGGUUUGGAUUGUGAA